GACACAUACACAGGCGCGCGUGCGCGCCUACACACGCACACACACGCACACUCUUACACAGACUCACGCACUUCUAGCUGUCAUGAACAUCACGCACUUCUGUCAGAGCAGCACUUUAAACACACACACAGAGAAGCGGAUUUCCCUUCUGCAGGUCUGAGUCUCAGGAUGUGUAAAACAACGCUGAUGAAAAUCACGCGCGUCGUGCGUAAAGACCGAGAGCGCUGUCCGUGGUGCUGAGAUCCGACACGAGCGCAAAGGGCUUUUCUGUGUGUGUGUGUGUGUGUGUGUGUGUGUGUGUGUGUGUGUGUGUGUGUGUUUGUGUCAGCGAGUGCGUGUGUGUGUACUGAAACCUCGCCAUGACUCGGAAAAGGUUGCGGUGUGUAGCUGUGCGGGGAUUCCUGGCGUGGGAAGUGGCGCUUUUAGUGAGUCUGGUGGCCACAAAAGACCCUGAAAGUCCUCGGGGUAGAGCCGUCCCCAUGUCUCCCUCAGACUUUUUGGACAAGCUCAUGGGAAGGACCUCGGGCUACGAUGCCAGAAUUAGACCCAACUUCAAAGGUCCACCUGUGAAUGUGACCUGUAACAUAUUCAUCAACAGUUUUGGCUCCAUCGCUGAGACGACUAUGGAUUACAGAGUGAACAUCUUUCUGCGACAGCAGUGGAACGAUCCACGCCUGGCCUACAGCGAGUACCCAGACGACUCUCUGGACCUCGACCCCUCCAUGUUAGACUCCAUCUGGAAGCCGGAUUUGUUCUUCGCCAAUGAAAAAGGUGCCCAUUUUCACGAGAUCACUACAGACAACAAGCUGCUGAGGAUAUUCAAGAAUGGCAAUGUCCUUUAUUCUAUAAGACUCACCCUGACGCUCUCGUGUCCAAUGGACCUUAAGAAUUUCCCCAUGGACGUACAGACGUGCAUCAUGCAGCUGGAGAGCUUCGGCUACACAAUGAAUGAUCUGAUUUUCGAGUGGCAGGAAAACGGCCCAGUGCAAGUGGCUGAAGGACUCACGCUUCCUCAGUUCAUCCUGAAGGACAAGUCGGAUCUCAGAUACUGCACCAAGCAUUACAAUACAGGAAAGUUCACAUGCAUCGAGGUGCGUUUCUACCUGGAGAGACAGAUGGGUUAUUACCUGAUCCAGAUGUACAUUCCUAGUCUGCUCAUCGUCAUCCUUUCCUGGGUGUCCUUUUGGAUCAACAUGGAUGCUGCUCCUGCUCGCGUGGCUCUGGGCAUCACCACAGUGCUCACCAUGACCACGCAGAGUUCUGGAUCCAGAACCUCUUUGCCUAAGGUCUCCUACGUUAAGGCCAUAGAUAUUUGGAUGGCCGUUUGUUUGCUGUUCGUGUUCUCAGCUCUGCUGGAGUAUGCAGCGGUGAACUUCGUCUCAAGACAGCACAAGGAGCUGCUGCGGUUCCGGAGGAGGAGAAAGAAGUUGAGAAAGGAGGAGGAGGUGCGUGAAAGCCGUCACAGCUACGCCCCUAACACAGGGAAAGACGCCUCCAUACCCAAGUCAACCAAUAACACGGGUUCUAACUCGCUCCAGGCCCAGACGAGCGCUAACGUUCCUAACAAGAGCCCCGAGGAGAUGAGGAAGAUCUUCAUCGACCGUGCCAAGAAGAUCGACACUAUCUCACGUGCUGGCUUUCCACUGGCCUUCCUCUUCUUCAAUAUCUUCUACUGGGUUCUGUACAAAAUCCUACGCAAGCCCUAAACGCUGAGGUGGGCAGAGCUUCAGUCUGACGGACAGCUGCAUUAUAUCUUAUAUCUGUAUCCAUACACUGUCUUCAUUUAGACCAGGACGGAUUACAGUGACCACAUGGUCACAUCAGCCACACACUAUGCAACUGAGAGACAUCAUACAGCAACAAAUGCUCUUUCACACACACACACACACACACACACACACACACACACACACACAGUCCCCUGAGCCUCCCUGGACCUCACUCUGUACUCUUAUCAUCUCUCUUGUGUCCUACAGCCUUUUACUGCCAGCGGUGUGUUUUAAUACGAUACCAUAAAAAAAAAAAAGAGUUG